AUUCAGUGACUGGCGAAUGAACAUAGAGGAGGCGUUAAGACCCAGUGGUGAGAAAGCAAUCAGAUGCAACAGACACACGGCUUCUUACGGUUUCUCCGGGCUGAGGGAGGAGAAGCUUGCGCUCUGUGUUCAUCGUCCUUUCCUGCCCACCAUUUAGGACAGACGAUGGCUGUGGAUGAGGUGCGGAUAGUUCGACCCUUUAAGUUGAUCGCUCUGAUCUGUGUCUUCGUGGCUCUGAGUUUGGACGUGGUAUCUUUGCUGAGUCCAGCCUGGGUCACUGCUGAGCGCUCUUCGCUUUCUCUCUGGGAUUACUGCAAACAAACCACGGCUGGAUGGUACUGUGAGUCCGUUCUCCAGACAGACUGGCAGGUUGCUACACUGGUGUUGCUGCUUGCUGGAGGAUCUAUUACUCUAAUUGCAUUCCUCUUUGCUGUGAUCUUACUGUGCAAGGGUGCUCACAAACGUUGCUACAGGUCAAUUGCUGUUAUGCUGUUCAUUUCAGUUGUAUUGCAGGUUUGCGCCCUGGUUUUGUACCCAAUCAAAUUCAUUGAUGCAAACACACUGAGGACAUACCAUGAGUUCAACUGGGGUUAUGGUAUUGCCUGGGGUGGUACCAUCUUUAUGCUUGGAGCAGCCAUACUUUACUGCCUGAACACCGACAACUAUGAGGAAGAGUAUUAUUAGACACUUUUCUCUGCACCAACACAUUUUAUUAAGCUUAAAACUAUUAGAUGUAAUGGCAGAAUGAAGAUUUGCCACUCAAAUAUCACAGUUUUUAAAAAUAAAAUGAAUUUUGGGAGAAAGAUUUAGCAGGAUCAUAAUGAAGAGCUGGUACUCCAUGACAGAACUCGUUGGUGAGCGCAGUGUUUUGGACUUACUUGAGAUCCAAGCAAGAAAGAAUGGUUUCUAGUGCAAAGAAUGACUCACAACAGUCUUGUGCAAUCUUUACACGUAAUUCACUUUUUAGUUUUUUUAAUUCCAAGAUAAAUCAUUGGCCUUUCUUGUGCGAGCGCUGCACCCUACUGAAGCAGUGUACCAGCAAUGGAGUGCUUGCUAUUGUUGUUGUACUAUUUUGUUUUGGAAGGUGAUGAUUUACUUUUACUGUAUUUCUUCUUUUUACCUUUUUUUUUGUAUCUGGUAAGGUUAUUAAUACCUUGUAAGCUAUUGAGUCUUCUGUACACUUUGAAUUCAAGCAGCUGCAAAUUCAGCACAAACAUAUGUGCUGUACAUUUAUUGUAACCCUUUUUAGUACUGUAGAACGUGUUAUUGUUCCAAGAACAACAUGAACCCCAUGGUUCUGAACAUUUCCAAGACUGAAGCAUUCAAAGUUAAGUUUGACUGGUGUUCUUGGGAUGUAUGUGUGAAUUUUGAAUACAACAAAACUCAUUCAACACUCAA